AUGGCCAAGCUGGUCUCUUUCACUGAAGACUUUGAAUGCAUUACCGUGUUCUCCCUUCUUUUAGGAAACGGAAAACACUUCCCCUUCCUUCACUUUAGAAGGACAGAGGUGAUACCCCUUGACUACACAGGAUACAGAAAUUUCCACAGACAUAACAGCGCUGUUGUGUUCGCGACCACGUUUAAGCGAAAGCCUAACCGGGUGCACAAUCAGCUAUUGAUUAUCAAUAACAAUAAAUGAAAAUCAAUAACGUUUGGAUGCAUCGGUGAGUGAUUAUCGAUAUUUCUAUUGAUUGGCUACGCCAAUCAACAUCAAUCCAUAGGUUUUUGUUGCUUUUUAUUGAUAAUAUAGAUUGAAAUCAAUGAUUGAUAUUGUCGGGAAACGUACCGCACCGACAACACACGUACAGACAAAAUGGCAACGUUAUAAGAACUUGGAAGAGAAAAGAAAAUACCAAACACAAAGGAGAACAAGUUGCAUAUUAAGCAAAAAAAUACCUCAUCAUCCAAGGUUUCAAUUUCAGGCAUCGUGAAUAUACUUUUAGGUUUUUUUUCACCUCGAAACAGAUCGCUCCACACGAGGGAUAUCGAAGGUAACCUGGCCAGGAAAGGAAAGCCGAUUAGGCCUGGGGUUAACAACCGUGAGCCUGGGCUUGGACUNAAUUUGAAUAGCCAAACUAUACAUGCAACAGCUGGCCAACGUUUACCCGUGCUACUGAAAGAGAAGAUAAAAUAACUACAGAAAGUUUUACUUCUCGGUUUACUGUUCUUACGCAGAAAUAUCUACUUAAUGUGGCUGAAGUUAGGUUGACAAGCUCCACUUGGAGAUGGCCAAGCUGGUCUCUUUCACUGAAGACUUUGAAUGCAUUACCGUGUUCUCCCUUCUUUUAGGAAACGGAAAACACUUCCCCUUCCUUUAGAAGGACAGAGGUGAUACCCCUUGACUACACAGGAUACAGAAAUUUCCACAGACAUAACAGCGCUGUUGUGUUCGCGACCACGUUUAAGCGAAAGCCUAACCGGGUGCACAAUCAGCUAUUGAUUAUCAAUAACAAUAAAUGAAAAUCAAUAACGUUUGGAUGCAUCGGUGAGUGAUUAUCGAUAUUUCUAUUGAUUGGCUACGCCAAUCAACAUCAAUCCAUAGGUUUUUGUUGCUUUUUAUUGAUAAUAUAGAUUGAAAUCAAUGAUUGAUAUUGUCGGGAAACGUACCGCACCGACAACACACGUACAGACAAAAUGGCAACGUUAUAAGAACUUGGAAGAGAAAAGAAAAUACCAAACACAAAGGAGAACAAGUUGCAUAUUAAGCAAAAAAAUACCUCAUCAUCCAAGGUUUCAAUUUCAGGCAUCGUGAAUAUACUUUUAGGUUUUUUUUCACCUCGAAACAGAUCGCUCCACACGAGGGAUAUCGAAGGUAACCUGGCCAGGAAAGGAAAGCCGAUUAGGCCUGGGGUUAACAACCGUGAGCCUGGGCUUGGACUGAGUUGGACGAAAGUUGGACGGAGCCCGCCUUGAGGAAUACCUCUUGUUAAACAUGGCACCACAACCAGAGGCAUAUUAUACUUGACGAAUUUUGCUAAUUUUGGAGCAUAGUGGAAACGUAAACUAAUAAUGUCGGACCCCUUAAGCGUUUAUCUUUCGCAGUUGCACUCUCUACUCUCGGCUAAUUCACUACAGCGUGGCGUAGAUGCAGUUAACACGGCAGUAGACCUCGGCAGUUUUUGCUUGCAGAACGUCUCGGAACAGGAACAAGGUAAGCUAGAAAUCGUCAAAAGUUUGAUUCAUACCUUUUAGAAUAUCUUUCAAUUUAACUUUAACAGUACAUUAUAUCUACUAGUAAGCGUAUUAUUAUUCAUGCAAAGUAUUUCUCUGUUUCUGAUUGGCUCAAAUCCCGCGGCUAAUUCUCCAUAACCAGCUAGCGCUGACGUCUAAUUGUAAACAAUUACUGGAUGAGGGUUUUGUGAUAUCCAGAAUAAUUAAGGUCGAUGUAGGUGUUCGGCUGAGGCUGAUAACCCUAAUCGAGACCUUGAUUAUUCUGGAUAUCACAGAAACCGAAUCUAAUAAAUUGUUUUAUUAUACAUUGAACAAAUCCUUUCUUUCUCGCUUUGACUUGAACGUUUUCAAAGUUUGUGCCAACUCUUUCUUUUCCUCAGGCUCUCUCAGUUUUUUCUCUUUCACGUAAUCAGCAAACAGCUCCUUUGCCACCUUUGUUGACCUUUUUGUGUUUUUGAGUCCUUGUCUUCAACUACUUUUUUGAUGUCUUGCUUGGUCAACGAAGCAAACCUGGAAGUCAUGUUUUUGCUUCUUCACUGAUGGCAAGCAACACAAAGUGCGCGAACUUGACAUGAUUACCCUUAGAAAUCAUGCACCGUGGUCAUACAUGACAUGAUUACCCGUGACCUUGAGUGUCCUUGACAUGAUUAAUGUAUAAUCUGCAGCCUGAUAACAUCCCAGGCGCUGAUUUCGAAAAUUCGCUGUACGCUUUCGGCCAAUCAGAAAAGAGAUAGUGAGUUUAAUGUAUAAUAAUUCAAAAUAACUGCCAGAAAAAUGAACGGCAAGGUAGAGGCCCUGGGAAUGAGGUUGUGUUGUUUCAUUAGAGAAAGACAAAAUGGCGGAACAAUUUGCAUGUUUCACAAAGAAGAAAUAGUGCGAACUACUGCCUAAAUACACAGCAAGAACAGGUAAAGUAGAACUCUAUGGAUGACCUCUGCUAUUUGAAGAGUAUCUGGUAGACUUAACAUUCCUUUAUAUCCUGAACUUACUGAGAAACAGGCAAAUGAAGAAGGGAACUUAAGGUCUAUAUGUAUCUUUGACCUCUUACAUGAAAGGUCCUUGGGAAUGAAUGCACGGAAAGUGAACGUAUGGCACAUCUCCGGAUGAGAGAGGGAUACCCGUGCCAUUCAAAACAGAAUGGCCAAAUGGAUGCAUGGAUGAAGAAAAUUUUUGCACGGAUGUAGUCAAACAGAUGCGUGGAUGAGAAAAAUUUUUGAACGGAUGCAGUUGAACGGAUGAACCGCCGAUAAAAAGUUUUGAGCGGAUGAAGUCGAACAGAUAAAUUGCUGAAGAGAGUAUUUUUGAAUGGAUGACCGGCUGAAGAAAUAUUUAUUUUUGAAUGGAUGCGGUCGAUUGGCCAGACGAUCGAAGUAUAUUAUAAUAUUAUCUUAAUCACCUUUCUAGAACAAGCGCCUUUGCAACUUUAUAAGAAUGAAUGACCGUAAGCAGAAGGUCAUGAUACAAAGACAACUAUCGUCUCCUCAAUAUAUUACGGCUAGCGUUCCUCAAGGCUUAAUCCUCGGUCCCCUAUUAUUUAUACUUUUCGUCAAUGAACUUCUAUUGGAAGUGUCCAGAAAUAGUGUCAAAAUUUACACUGAUGAUACAACAUAAAUUGCAUGUGGACGUACUGUUGAAGAAGAAGAGACCAUCCUCACUCAUGAACUGAGGCUUCUAAGCAGAUGGGCCAAUGAAAAUAAAAUGGUUUUAAACCAUAGCAAGACAAAUUCAAUGAUUGUCUGCAGCAAACCAAAGUUUCAGGGCUUGGACAGUGAAAAUCUUAAAGUGAGAACAGAUAAGGGCCAACUCGAUUCUGUAGUGGAAAGUAAACUACUUGGCAUAAAGUUCUAGACAACUGUUUAACCUGGGAAAACCAUAUGGCUUACAUAAAGAAAAAAUAGGGAAGCGACUUUGCCUGCUGAAAAUAACAAAGAAAUUUCUUUCCCUAAAAGCAAGAACUUUGCUCUAUAACUCUAAUAUAUAGAUUUAGCCAGGGCUAAAAGCGAGGCUCCCAUUAAUAAAUUUAUAAUUUAAAUCAAACAAUAAACUUGUAUUCCACAAUUCAGUUAACUUUAGAGCACAUUCAUGUGACUUUUCAGGGAAAGGCUAAGUGAUUUUACAAAAAAUAAUUUGCAAACAGCCCAAGAGUGAACCAAAUCUCACAUCGAGUUGAUAGCCUCAUAAAUACACCCAAAAACUGGCAAUCAUCUUCGACCACAUUUAUUAAGAGCCAUAAUGGCUCUUGAUCACUGUAGAUUAAUUAGGCCUGGAAAAAAAAUUCCGGCCGAAUUUUUUGCGUUCGACAAGUUUAUUUUACAAAAUCUUGCCAACAAAUCUGGGUGCGUGUAAACCAACCUUUUAUAUCAUUUAUACAUCACAUCUGAGGUGAAAUAGUACUAUGAGGCACUGAUUUUAUCAUACAGACCUUGGACAACAGAAUGCAGUAUUUCACAAUAUUGCGAUACAAAUUGCUAUUCAGGACGAUCGAAGCACGCGUGGGCUUUAGCCGUAAACCGUUGAAAAAAUUUUCAAAAUCAUCUAUACGGCCCGGUUCUGACUUUUACAGUGCUAGCAGUGGCGAGUGUUUGAACGAACAUUAACAGAGUUACGCUCCAACAUAAUAAAGAAUUUAUUAUGUUUAUUUUUUAUUUUAAAACGGUUUAACGCGUGGCAUUUUGAGUACUCCGGGAAGCGUUGUUUACUGAACGACUGAAAACAAUCGGCACAAGGAUUAAAAUUACAAGAGAGAGUACUAACAAUCAAUAAAACAAAUACAAUUCGGUAAAACUUAUACAGAGACGACAAUUUUCAUUCAGGAAGACAAGUAUUAAAGUGUCUCUAAAAAUGCUGAGUCUUCGAGCUUUAAGCUGAAGCUUAUUUUUAAGCCAGCUUCCCGGUGUUUGCUUUUUUCAAAGACGAACUCGAGGCAAGAAAAUCGCUCAAACCUUUCUUUUACAGCCAGAAUUAUAACUAAAUAUUCUUUGAAACGUUUUCUUUCUAUUUGCGGUGAGAAAAUGUCUAAAGGCUUUUUAAAGAUCUGUAAGCUUAUAACAAACCUGAUACUCGGUCAGAUCAUUGUCUCAAAUCUUACAAACGUGCGUAAACAAAAUAGCCGCAUAAACUACGCUCGACUUCAUUAAAUUAGGAAUAAAAAACAAACAUCAAAUACAAUAAUUACUUAGGCUUACCACUCGAGAUGCAGCUCCUGAAAGGUAUCAAGUAAGGCCAGUAUCGCUUCAGACUUUGCAACCCUCUUACGCAUUAAGCAAGAUGAAAACGAAAACGAUGCCAUCCGAAAUCGGAUUUCCGACUUUGACUCAACCAAAAACCCAAUAAACAAACUAGCCAUGAAUAACAGAAGACUCCUGAUAGCAGCUGAAUUUCAUUUUGUACAUCCAGUGGAAAAAGAAAGUUAAAAACAUCACAAGUUGACACAAAACUCUGUCAGCUUCAGCUGUCAAAGUAAACAAGAUUCAAGAUGCUGCAUAAAUUUUCCGCAUGAACUCACCUGUCAAAUUUUGACCAAUCAGAGCAUAAAAAUUGGACGUAGAGCGUGACCAACGCGUGAACAUGGCGAGAAAAGUCAAAAGCAACUGUCUUCCCUGCCUGUAGCAGCUGGCUGAAUUUUCGCGUCCGAGGUCAGUUUGAAAUCAAAAUUUUAAUUGUGCGGCACAUAAACACAACAUAUUUCAUAUGAAUUUUAAAAAAAAUUAAACUUGAGCCUGCGAUCAUUUGAAAACCAGUACCUUGUCAGCGGAUAACUUCAAAAAAACACUUGACCUCGAUGGGUCGACACCUGAGCCCGCGAUACAGUCAAGUGAUACUGGUCAGCGGAUACCUUGUUUUGACAGCUGUCAAUGGAUCACAACAUUGACGUGUAUCAGUUUUCCUGUGCUCCGAUCCCAAACUAGCUAGAAAGUAUGAGACUGAACAUUGAUUGCGAUCUAGUAAAAUAAUUAACUGGUCAGCGGACAGCUUCCAAAUAAAUCACGUCACCUCAAUGAGUUGACACAUGAGCCCGCGAUAUGGUCAUGGGAUGCUGGUCAGUGGCUACCCUGUUUUGACAGCUGUCAAUUGACCACAUUGUGAAUGUCCAAUGUAAAAGAUGUGGACUUGGCAAGACACGCCUGAGACACCCCUCCCUUCCUUUUGAUAGUCUCCCCUACCCACCCGUACAAUCCGUAGACGCAUACUUACAUACGUACAUACGUACGUACGUACGUACGCUCAGUCAAUCACGUGACAACCAAAGGAAAAGAGGUUGACCAUAAUCUAUGGGUAUGGGGCUCAGUCCCACGCGCUUUGCGCGCGUGGGAGCCCCGCUAUUAUCCAGCCAAUAUUUGACUAUGGGGCGAUUGUCUGGGGAUCCAAUAACAAACGGCAUGUCCAAGAUAUUGUCAAAUUGUAGAAAAGAUGCCCCAGAAUAAUCCUGGACAAAAAAAUGGGACACUUCCUCAAGACCUCUAUUCAAGAAACUAAAUAUCUUGCCAUCUGAUGAAAGACUAGGAGUACUAGCAGAAUAUCUUAGUUUUUAAGGCCCUCAACAAUCUCACACCAAAUUACAUAAGAGCUAUGUUUACAUUGUCUAGUGAUAUUCAUAAUGCCGGCAUGAGAAACACAAAGCACAAUUUGAUACUACCAAAGGUUAGGAUGAGUGUGGCCUAAAAUGCUUUCAGGUUUUUAGCAGCUAGGAGCUGGAACAAAAAAUGACCAUACAGGGCUCGACAUUGCAACCGUAUUGGUCGCAUUUGCGACUAAGUUUUAUCCAUUUGCGACUAAAACGUCUUCAGCAGCCGCAACUUUGCAACCAGUUUUCACCUAAAUUAAUAAAGAAAUGAAUUGUUCCUUUGACAAUGUAAAGGCAAAAUCCUGCUCAAGUUCCAAACAACACAACGUAUAAACAAUGUUACACAAUUAGCUCGAUGAGAUGCCAUUACAGCAGUUUUGUUAUAAAUACGUAGGUACUUCAUGUAUGGGGACUGAUUCCUACAACACAAAAACUGAACGUCAUUUGUGAAAGACUUUUUUUAGGAAAAAAUUAUAACAAUAGUACUGUGCAACAAAAUUGGGAACCUGGAAACUAGAUAGAUAACAAUUAUGAAGGGUGUCGGAAAUUUAAGAUGUUUGGCAGUUUGGUGGAAACUCAGUGCACGUACGCCACGUUUGAUCGCUGUGAAUUGCUGAAAACAAACAUGGCAGCUUUUUGGUGGCACUUGUUUUCGUUUAAAAGACUUCAUGAGGAUUCUGAUAUCUUUCUGUUUUGGCUUGAUUUAGACUUCUUAAAAGAUAUAACUCACGUUCAAACAGAGACUUUGCCGUUUUGAGGUACAAGUGGAACAAAAAAGUGAAUGUAUUAAAAAUGUCAAUGUAUACACAAGCUUUGCGCUAUUUCUGUAAGAAUGUUUAAUAAUUAAAGCCCAGUGCAAACGGACGCAACAUUGUUGGCCAGCAACUCCCAACAUUGUCGGAUGUUACAUGUUGCGUCUGUUUGCACACCCUGUUGCAUGUUGUUGGAUGUUGUUGCGCCAAGUUUGAAACUGGUCAAACUUUUCAGCCAACAACUCCCAACAUUUCUUUUGUUCUGUGAUCGCCGAAGCGUAGCGCAACAAUGUUGGAUCCAUUUGCACGGCUCUUCCAAUAUUGUUGGGGCCACGCACGCUCAUUACGCAUGGAUUACAAAGACUUAUGGGUUGUAUUCUUCCCACGAUGCACUGCAGGUCCCAACGUUGCUGGAAGUUGUCGCAUCCAUUUACACACCACUGCCAACACGCAUGCAACAACUCCCAACAUUGUUGGCGCAAUAAUGUUGGGAGUUGUUGCGCCCGUUUGCAUGCAGCCUAAGAGCUUGGUGUAUUUAGCAAUGGGAGACAUUACAGGGAUUUCACAUAAUUAAGAGACGAUAAGAUUAAUGAUUGUUUCUUUUAUUGAAUUUUAACUUGAGUACAAGUUAUCAUUUAACAGGAUUAUUUGUGUGGAUUGUACGUUUUCGAAAUUGAUCGAACUUUGUAAUUUACGAUCUUGAUUGUGCUGUCAAAGUAAUUCAGAAACUGUUUUUCAGACAUCAUUAGAAAUGAAUAAAAGUUGCUGAAAUCAAAGAGUGAUUAAUGUAGUAGUCAAAGUACUUAUUAAUAAUUAACUUAUGCUUUGCAACUAAAUUUUGAGAAUUUGCAUCUAACUUAAAUUCUUAACUGGUCGCAAAAAUGCAGCUUCACUUUUUUUUUAAAUUUCAAGCCCUGCCAUAACAUUUGUAUGUAGGACUUUCUUGAUUUUGUAUAUUUAUUCAUUACUUAAUUUUUGUUUCAUUUUUUAUGUGUAAUUUUUGGUUGAGGACUAUGCGUAUAUUAUCUGUGUAUAUCAAGUGAAACCCUCAGUAAAAAAAUUAUCUAUCCAUCUGUUUAUCUGUCUAUCUCUCUAUCUAUCUAUCUGUGUGUCUGUCUGUCUGUCUGUAAUAAUGCACCUAUCAAUGUUAUGCCGGCGGGGGCAGGGGGGGGGGGCAGGGUAUGGGGUGGGCUUUUUGACUUUUUUCAAAAAUUUGCAAUCAAAUUCCCGUUCCAUGGGCAAAUCAUUCCAGUCAAAUGCAACCAAAUUUCCCCACCCCGGGCUGUACAUUGCUGCCAAUCCCAAGGCAAGACCCAAGAAAGGUACAAUAAAAAUAUCUCCAAAUAAAUCUCUGCAAUUUCUUAUCAACCUUGCUGCACCACCAAAGAUACAAGUCAUGUUCCUGUUACAUCUGCAAUAUUAUUACACGUUUUAACCAUAAUCCGUGUUACACUGCAUAGAAUACAUAAACCUUUAGAGAAAGUCCACAUUUNGGGGGGGGGGGGCAGGGUAUGGGGUGGGCUUUUUGACUUUUUUCAAAAAUUUGCAAUCAAAUUCCCUUUCCAUGGGCAAAUCAUUCCAGUCAAAUGCAACCAAAUUUCCCCACCCCGGGCUGCACAUUGCUGCCAAUCCCAAGGCAAAACCCAAGAAAGGUACAAUAAAAAUAUCUCCAAAUAAAACUCUGCAAUUUCUUAUAAACAUUGCUGCAUCACCAAAGAUACAAGUCAUGUUCCUGUUACAGCUGCAAUAUUAUUACACGUUUUAACCAUAAUCCGUGUUACACUGCAUAGAAUACAUAAACCUUUAGAGAAAGUCCACAUUUUGUAAGUUUAAAUAUACCGUUCUUAGUAAAGGGUACAAAGAAAGUCAGUUUUAUAAGUUUACAGUGAUUGUAGCGAAUGAGCCAUACGCUAACUAAUUGUACUUGCAAAAAUCGACUUGGUUUCUCUUUACUCGCGUUUACUUUGAUACCAUGUGCAGUAUUUUUUAAGAGGUUCAAUUGAUCAAAAACACGCUAAAACAAACGAAAUUUGAAGCCAAAACCAGUGAAAUCAACCCAGGCUUCGCUUGUUCUCAUUGGCCUCCAUAACUUCCUGAUCUUUUCAAACCGUACGGCGCAUGUGUGAAGCGUGGAAGCAGGAAACAUAUGUUCGGUCUCAGUCUUUUUCGUCCGAGUCGGCAGUCAAAUAUCUCCACGUCGGGCGGAGAAAGAUUCAAAUAUCCCCUCCCCUGGGAGAACAAGAUCAGUCAAAUGCCCUACCCCAGGGCCAACAAAGACAAUCAAAUCCCCACCCCAUGCCCUGCCCCCCUCCUGCCGGCUUUACAUUGAUAGGUGCAUAAUAAUAUUAAUAACUUUGAUUUUAAGAGGGUGACACCAAUUACUAUGUUGUCCAAGUUGUCCAAGGUUGUAAUUAAGUAUUCCGGUGCCCUAUUAUCAAUAACUUUCUUUAAAAGGCUGAGUUUAUUGACCUUGAAUAGUUGAUCAACCGGUAGCCACUUAAGCUUUUGAAAAUUAUCAUACGAUCGUGCAUCCCGAGGACUAUCCAAAAUUAAUGGAGCACAGCGUUUCUGAAGUUUAAACAAUUCGUCUAAGUUGGUUUGGCUACAGUUGCUCCAAACAGUACAGCAAUAAGUAAAGAGUGGUUUGAUACUUGCAUUGUAGAGAAGCAUUUGAUAUUUGGCUGGUAUGUAUUUCCAAGCUCUUGCUAAAAUUGCAAUUCUUUGAAGUAGUUUUCGGCGCAGUGUGUCAAUGUGUUCGUUCCAGGUGAGAUGACUAUCAAAGUAUACUCCUAAGACACGUUCUGACUCAACCUUAGUGAGUUGCGUGCCGUCAAUUGAAAGGUCAAGAGAUUGUUUUGCUGAAUUUGCAAUUUUUUGUCUGGUCGAGAUUAUACUGUACUUUGUCUUUGCUGGAUGCAUUUUCAUUCUGUUUGGAUGCAUUUUCGUUUCUGUCUAUCUAUCUAUCAAAAUAUACCUGUACAUCGCUGAAACAAAUGAUUGCAGGGUUGUCAUUAAGUUUUAAAGCAGCCAUAGCAAAUGAAGAAUCACCCGUAGCAUCUCACAUAAAAUUUGUAGUGUUUAGUUAGCUUUCCACUCUGAUCACCCAUAACAUCAAGUGAGCUCAGCUGAACUGGUGUUACGGGUUACAGCCCUUAAUGACAGUUCUGGACUGUACUAUAUUAAUGCAAUUUGUUGUUUUAUUUCAGCUUACUCCUCCUCACUGUUAUUCCAUGAAGAAACAGGAGUUAUUAGUUUCUUAAGAAAAACAGUUGCUCUUGAUGAGGUAAUAACUUUUGCUGUUGAAAAAGAUAGCUCUUUCUGGGCUCGAAAUAAUUUCCAGAGAGUCUCCAGACACAAUGACCAGCCAAAUUCAUUUUGGCUCAGUCAUGUACCGGGUAUCGUUUCCGGCUGGUCAAAUUUAUAAGAUAAGUAACUGUUAAAACAGGGGCCCAUGAACUAAAACUGGAGCUAUAUAUUACCAAAAAAGUCAUUGCUUAGAGCUUAUAGCACUUUAAAACACUCAUUCUCAACAAUGAAAUUAAAUUAUCAUGUGUGGUUCCAGAAAAUAUCCAUACCACCCCCACGGAAGGGAUCGGAUUUUCCAGGUGGCAAGGGGGGGGGGGUCAAUUUGCCUAAUUUUCCAGAGGGACACUAUAGGGAAAUGAGGGUUCUCAUGAUGCGUAAGUGAGUAACAAAGAAAAAACACAAAAAUUUACCACAACAAUUUAUUUGCGAAGAUAUAAAACACGACAAAAGUUAAAGAGCUACUAAACCUAAGGAUUAAUGGACAUACUAGCGAACAUAUUUUGUCAGUUCCUUGGUGUGACCUAGCUUGCAAAUUUUUGCUAGUGUGUUCAAUCCCAUAUCUCCUUUAUCCGCCAGUUUUGACACCGCCAAUCAAAAUUUACUACUCAGUAGGCUCAACUCUAAGUAUGCAAACCAUUACGCCCCACCCUUUAUAGAGGAGCUACAGGUGAGGGACCCUCCCGAGAUAUUUUCUAUCAGGGACAAAUGAUUUGUGAAAAGAAAUGGUGGGUAAACAAGUAUGGUUACAGGAGAUGAACUGUCCAGAAUUGAUGUUCUAUCUUUAUUUUUAAUAUAGUUUAUAGAUGCCAAAGUGGAACUUUUGAAGUUUGUAAAAACCUUUGUGAAUAAGCUUGAGAAGAAAGUAAAUCCUUAUGCACUUAACAUUAAGGUAGGUCCAACGUUUUUGCUAUCUUGUGAAUAAAUUUGUUAUAACCUUUAUUCAAAGUAUUUCUCUGUUUAUUGGCAUAAAUCCCGUGACUAAUUUUUCAUAACUGGCUACCAUUGAUCAAAUUUGACAUUUACUGAUAUCAGCUAGUACAAUAUUAAUACCAACUAUACCAAUAAUCAGCAGAAAAAGAGAGAGGACUAGGCAUGGUAGCUCAGCUCUUUUGAGCUGGCGAGAAAGUGGCGGAAGAUUUCUCAUGUUUUUAAAGAAGAAAUAGUGGAACUAGUGUUUAAAAAACAUAGCAAGAAAACAAAAAUAUGGCUUGAUGGAUGACAAUUGCCAUUUAAACAUCUCUUUGAAUGUCUAAACCACCCAAUAACCAGCAAAUACUUUGAAGACAGGAAAGUUAUAUAGAUUGAGGUUAGCAUGUUUUGAAAAUGUAAGUAUUUCCAAUAAAUAGUGAGUAAAAAUUGAUAGGUUCAGCUCUUGUAUGAUAUUAGGAAUUAUGAAGAUCUCUGAGGAUCACAUCCUUUGGUCUCAGCAGAUGAUACCAUCCUCAGUCAAAUUAACAUUGUUUUACUGGAGGGUUAAAUCCACCAGAAAUUAUUUUAUUUUUUUGAGUGAAAAUAAAAGCUUACCCUCAUUGCUAAUAAAGGUCAUUGGGUAAUGGUAAUAAUUGGCCUGGAAAAUUUUUUUCAAAAGAGAGUAUCUUCCUGUAGACUUUUGUUUAUUGACAAAUUUUCAGCGUAGUUUAUUGUGUAUUGCCAAACAAAUUACAGACUAAUUUUUUUGUGGCAGAUUAUAUCAACGUGAUAUGAAUGACCAAUUCACUAAAAAAAAUGAUAUAACAAAGCUUAAUAAUAUUAAAACAUGCAGCAAAGGCUGCAAAAGUCUGAAAUAAGUCUGGCUUUUGUAAGUAUUUCUUAUGAUUGUUGUCCUAAAGAAACUGAAAUUACAUGAUUGUAUUAUUAAUAUGUGUAUUAAUAACUUAUUAUUAACUUUUUUGUAUUAAAAAUACAAUUAACUUUUAGUUUCUUAUUGACCCCACAUGCUUAUGCGGUUUUAACAUUUUUAAAGUUUUUAAAUAAAGGCAAUCUAUCUUAAGUAAUAAUGCAUUUCGUACAAAAUUACCAUUUGUAACUAGACACUUUAUUUGUUUCAUUAGGACAUAUGUGUAAAAUUGUUUUCUCAAGAUCGCAGCAACAAAGUAAAAGUGGAAACUUUCCCACUUCUCACUCAGGUAUGUAUACCUAAGUUAUAGAGGUUUUUCAUAUUAAACACUGGUUUUCAAUCAGUGUUGUCAGAAGAGAAACCUUUGUUAAAUAAAUUUUUGUUUUAAAAUAAAGCAUAUAAACCAUCUUAAUAUUUACGCGGCAUGACUUAGUCAGCCAGCGUCUUAAAUUCGGGAGCACAUUCCUUUCGUAUUCUUGGGAGUCAAAAAUUGCCUUGUUUUUUUAACUUUCCUGUAUCCCGAGCAUAUUCCGAAAAAAUUGUGAGAUUUUUAUUGGCUGCAUUUUCGAAUCAUGUGCAAGUCAGGUUGGAUUGCACAAGCAGGCUAAAGAUACUGCAUCAGCAAAGAAGGUGAGCUUUUACAGUCAAAAGCUAGAAUGUCUAGAAUUUGUUAUUUACGAAGUCGUAGCUCGCUCGGCUGCUUCGCGGCCUAAAAAGAACACUCCACUAGCUAAGAAACUCUUGAGGUCAACUUGUAUGUAGCAAUAUGUAGCAUGUCUAUCAAAAAGCUUUAAGAAAAUGUUGUUAAAUCAGGCAGCGGGCACGCAUUGAUGUUCAAAGGUCGUUUCACGUAAGGUAACUUUACAAGGUAAGGUAACUUUAUUUAAACAUGGUAUUUCCUUCAGGUAUACAUUUACAUUCAAGUAUAGAAAAACUAACUUCCUAACUAAUGUAAAAUCUAAAAUAAAAACUAAAAUAAUAAAGAUGAAAAGAAAACACCUGCUUUUCAAGGAGGCCAUGUGUAAAAGCAGAAUAUAGCUGAUUAAAUUAUUUGUCAAUCGAAAUUUAUGUCUCUUAAUUUUCCCUUAAAUAUACCAGGGGAUGUCAAUUGCCGCACCUCUAGAGGCAAGCUGUUCCAUAACACACUUCCGCUGUAAGAAAGACUUCUUUUAUAAAAUUCAGUAUGUGGCUGUGGAACAGCGAGCUUGUAUUCAUUCUCUCUAA